AUGGAGGACUUAAAGGAAAAGGUCAAUGAAGGGGAACCAAAGGAAAUAAAGUAUAGAGGAGUAAGGAGGAGGCCAUGGGGAAAGUUUGCUGCAGAGAUUAGAGAUUCGGCUAGACAUGGAGCUCGUGUGUGGCUUGGGACCUUUAACACUGCUGAGGAGGCAGCAAGAGCUUACGAUCGUGCUGCCUUUGAAAUGAGAGGAACAAUGGCCAUUCUCAACUUCCCACAUGAACACCUUCCUUGCAAUGUGGCCACUUUCAGCAACAAGUCCUCAUCAUCUAAGACUGAACUUGGUAAACAAGUUGUCGUAUUUGAGUAUCUGGAUGACAAAUUGUUAGAGGAACUCCUUGAUUGUGAUGACAAAACCGGCAAUGAACACUUCGACAAGUAG